AUGAUCAGUUUUUUAAAGAAACAAACAAAUAGUAUUAAGAAAGGAGGUGUAAAGCCUGGAUCAAAGAAGAAGCAACCACAGGGAACAGCUAGAUAUACACUUAGAAAGAGUUGGAAGAGCGCUCUGAUGGGUGGCACAAUGAUCAAAGACAGUGUCAAGUGUCCACCAGGAGAGGACGAGAAUGAUUGGAUCGCCAUCCACACCAUCGAAAUAUACAACACAAUGAAUCAUUGCUAUUCCCUAGUUCAGGACUUCUGCACAGAGGAGGCAUGUCCCAAGAUGACUGGUCCAAAAGCGACAUUCUUAUGGAAGAGUGAUGAGAAGGACAAGCCACAUGACCUCCCAGCCAAAAAGUACAUUGAUAACUUGACCAAUUGGGUGGCGGACCAGAUUGACAAUCCAGAUAUCUUCCCACAGGAUGAUACAUCACCAUAUAGCAAGAGCUUUAGACCAACGAUAAAGAAGAUAUUGAGUAGGAUACUAAGAGUAUACUCACAUAUCUAUCAUCAACAUUGGAGUCAUGUCAAGUCUGUCGAUGCAGACAAGCAUAUCAACACAUCUUUAAAGCACUUCCAUUGCUUCGUUGUCGAGUUUAAGCUGGUGGAUGAUAUGGAUCUUAGCCUGAUGAAGGAGGUGUUUGAGCAACUC